AUGGUCCCUGGGACGAGAGCGGCGGAUCUAGUGACCACCUUCCCUCAAUCGGGUGAGAAUUAUCCUAGAGCAGCGGAAGCCCUUCGAGAGCGUUUCGGUAAUGAGAAGGUGCUUAAGCAGGUGUACAUCCGUGAGUUAGUAAAGAUGGUCAUGGCUAACGGAGGGCAGCAAAAUACAAGUCUUUCUAAAAUGUUUGACAAACUUUCGGCGCACCUACAGGCACUCGAGACCCUGGGAGUCAGCAGCGAGCAGAUGUCGACGUUUUUGUAUCCGAUUGUCGAGUCGACGUUGCCGGUACAAGUAUUAACAGCGUGGCAACGAAGCCCGAACUGGGGCAAGGAGGGAUCGGCGAUGGAUCCUCCCCAAACUGACUUGCAGUUACUGGUCAGUUUUCUAAAACUGGAGGUUCAGUGCGAGGAUCAACGUCAGCUGGUACACGCGGGUUUCCAGAUUCAGAAGAAACCUGAGAAGAAAUCAAAUAAGAACGUUGCUUUUCAGAAUGAAGAUUGUGCGACUGCUUCUGGGCUGCUUGCUGGCUCGUCAGUUAAAUGCCUAUUUUGUGACAAACCUCAUGAGAGCCAACUUUGUGUGAAAGCAGCUUCCAUGAAUUUAGAGAACCGGAAGAAGAUCGUGACCGAAAGGAAAGCAUGCUAUGUUUGUCUGAAGAUGGGACAUGGUUCAAGAAAUUGCAAAGCUGUUGUCAAAUGCGCCUUCUGUCAAAAGAAACAUUGUGCGUUGCUGUGUUCGGAGGUGGAGAAAAAUCGAACGACGCCCGAAUCUACGCCGGAGCAGACGCCUAGUCAGACCGCGCCUUCGAUGUCUAAUAUGCAGUGCUCAGGGGAUGUUAUCUUGCAAACCGUGUUUGUAAAUUUGGAGAGCGCUGGUGUGCGUCGAAGGGUUCGUCUUGUGUUUGACGGCGGUUGUCACAGAUCGUACUUGCGCAGCAGCACCGCGUCUGGACUCGGUUUGAAAUCGAUUGGAAGUCUAAACAUGUGCCAUAUACUCUUCGGAUGUUCGCGGGAAGUCAGACAACAUCAGAUAUACCGGGUGAGUAUUGAGAGCUUAGACGGGACCGUACAGACCACGUUGACUUUGUUGGACCAGGAAAGGCUCUGCGGAUUGUUGCCGAGAGUUAGUAAGCAAAAGGUGAUUAAAGAGCUCAAAGAAAAAAGAAUACACGUGAACGACAUUGGUGAGGGCUCUCCAGAAAUCGAAGUCUUGAUUGGAGCCGACCACUACGCCUCUAUGCUGACCGGGAGAAAGGAAAACUUGAGAUGUGGUCUGGUAGCGCUCGAAACUGUAUUCGGUUGGACUCUGACAGGAAAGGUAAAGGAAUAUGAACCCAGCUGUGCGUCUCUGAUGGUAUGUACCUCUAUGAUGGCCGAGAGUAACGUAACCCUUUUGUGGGACUUAGAAUUGAUUGGCAUUAGAGAGCCAGCUUUUCAUAAGUCGCAAGCAGAAAGGGAUGCGGAAGUUCAGCAACAUUUUUUGAGAACCGUGAGUAAGGCCCCAGAUGGAAGAUAUUGCGUGAGUUUGCCUUGGAUUGAUGAAAAGAAGCAGAUUCCCGACAACUUCGACGCCGCGAACCAGAGACUUGACAACACCUUAAGAAGAUUGAAGUCGAUGGAUAAGGUUAGCCAGUAUGACAAAAUAUUCCAGGAGUGGAUCGCGGAGGGGAUAGUUGAAGAGGUUCCGGUUGAAGAUCGUAGCAACCCAGGAUAUUACCUACCCCACCGGCCAGUGAUAAAGCCUGAGAGUUUGACAACGCCAAUGCGGCCCGUUUUCGACGCUUCUUGCAAGAAUGGGCGUGCGCCGUCCUUGAACGAGUGCCUGACUAAGGGACCUAACUUGAUUGAACUUCUACCAUCGGUCUUGAAUCGAUUUCGUUGCGGCAACAUUGGUGUUUCUGCGGAUAUACGUAAGGCAUUUCUUAUGAUCGAGGUGAGCGCGGCGGACCGAGACUUUCUCCGGUUUCUAUGGUGGGAGGGAGGACGCGAAGAUAGAUUGCUGGUGCUACGACACAAACGAGUUGUAUUCGGCGUCAAUUGUAGUCCUUUCCUGCUCGCCGCUGUAAUCCAAUUUCAUCUGUCUAAUGUAGGAUUGGAAGAUAGGGAGAUGGCGGACAAAUUAUUGAAGGCUAUGUAUGUAGAUAACGCACUGACGGCUGUUAACUCCGCGGAGGAAUUAAGGCGCUUCAAAGAAGAUGCUACUCGCAUGCUGGCAGGGGCAAAGAUGGAGCUACGACAGUGGGCCUGGACGGCUGGAGAAUGCAGCGGUGAAGGAACCUUAGUGCCGACAAACGACGGGGACUUGUCCAGCGUGCCUGGUGAAAGAAGGAAGGACCAAAUAACCCCAGUACUUGGUAUGAUGUGGGACCGGGAAGAAGAUGAGCUGUGGAUGGACUGGAAGGAACACAAAGCUCUUAGUGCAAUCACUAAACGUACUAUUUUGUCGGCCGUCAGCCAGGUAUAUGAUCCAAUCGGGUUUUUGUGCCCUGUCCUCUUAGGGCCCAAGAAAAUGUUACAGCGUGCAUGGCUUGCGAAGAAAUCCUGGGACGAAAUUUUAGAGGAGGAGCUGACUUCUGAGUUUAAGGCUUGGUACGAGGAGUUGAGCUAUCUCUCUACUAUUCGAAUUCCUCGCAACGUCACUGGAGGAAGUAUCUAUCGUGAAGACUGGCAACUACAUGUGUUUUCCGAUGCCAGUCAGGAUGCUUAUGCGGCGGUCAUUUACUUGCGGACCCAGAAGUCUUGUGAUGUUUCGGUGCAGCUGCUUCAGGCCAGGGCUAGGGUGGCUCCAAUCAGGAAGGUCUCCGUGGCGCGACUUGAGCUAUUUGGGUGUGUAAUUGCUGUCAGAUUGGCUGCUAGUGUGAAGAUGUCGUUGGAACUCGAGGGCGUGCCUACUUUCUACUGGACUGAUUCCACCUGUGCUUUGGCGUGGAUUCGACGCAAUGAUCAAUGGGGUACGCUUGUCGGUAACCGA